AUGAACAUUAGCGCGCUGCUCGACUCGUACUACGAUUUAUCCGGCGAGCAGAUGAACCACAUCAACGAGGUGGUGGCCCGGGCUCUGCUCCAUGUGGUGCACCAUUAUAUACUCAGUGUGACGCCGUCACUGGUGCUGACCCUGUGCUGUCGGAGCGAGCACACGUGCAACUUUUACAACGAGAUGAUGAACACACUGUUUCGCCAGUGGGGCCUGGCCCCGCUCCAGAUUGUCAAUGUGGAGCGGGGCGUGCCUUGGCAUCCGGUUGCUGGGCGGCGGCACUUCAAUGUCAUCUUCACGGACUCCUUUGAGGCCUUCGCGGAGAUCCGGAUGGAGUAUUAUGCCCGGGAUUACAACUACAAUGAGCACUAUUUCAUCUUUCUGCAGGCCCGGGACCGGCUGCUCCAGGGUGAGAUGCGGCUGAUCUUCGACUAUUGCUGGCGCUACCAGCUCAUCCACUGCAGUGUCCAGGUGCAAAAAUCCAACGGGGACAUCCUCUUCUACAGCUACUAUCCGUUCGGGGAGCGGGGAUGUGCGGACAUGGAGCCGCAGCUGAUCAAUCGCUACAACGGGAGCACGCUGGUGGAGCCGGAGCUAUUCCCGCGGAAGUUGCGCAAUUUCUACGGCUGUCCGUUGAGGUGUGCUCUGUGGAAUACUCCACCCUUUCUGCGUCUGGCGGAGGAGGAUGUGGCUGCCCCCACGGUGACCGGUGGCUAUGAGGGGCGUCUGCUGCUGGCCCUCGCCGAGAAGAUGAACUUUAGUAUCGCGGUGCGUCCAAUACAGACGAAUGUCAUUGAUGGUGCCUUGGAGAUGCUGCAGCGUGGCGAAGCGGAUCUAACCCUAGGCAGAAUCCGGCAGACGGUGGGUCGGAGUCUGGUGGCCACGUCGACGCACAACUACCACCAGACCCGCGAAGUUUUCGGCGUACUGGCCUCCAGCUACGAGCUGACCUCCUUGGACAUUCUGCUCUACCCGUACCGCCUGCAGAUCUGGCUGGGCAUCUUCGGUGUGGUGGCUCUCUCGGCGCUCCUCCAGCUGGCCGUGGAUCGGCUGCUCCAGGAACAUGGGACGAAUGCAAUCCUGGGAGCACGUUCCUGGCUCAAUCUGGAGCUCAUAUUCGUGGGCAUGCCGCUAAUGGAUAUCCCGAGGAGCCACACCGCACGCCUCUACUGCCUGAUGCUGAUGAUGUACACACUAAUCAUCCGGACCAUCUACCAGGGCCUGCUCUAUCAUUUGAUCCGCACUCACCAGCUGAACCGGUGGCCACAGACCAUCGAAUCGCUGGUGGAGCGCAACUACACGGUGGUGCUGACGCCCAUUGUCCUCGAGGUGCUGGAGGAAAUACCCAGCGUCCAGCACAUGAAGUUCCGCCUACUGGAGGACACUGACUCUGAGCUGGAGCCACUGUACUUCCUGGAGGCGAAUCAUCAGCUGCGCCAGCAUGUUACCGCCUCUGCCCUGGACAUUUUCAUCCAGUUCAAUCGCCUGAGCGCCGAGCGAGUGCAUCGUCAAGGCGGUAACGUGGCGGCAACGGUAGCCCAUUUCGAGAUCGUGCCGGAGGACAUCAUCAACAUGCAGCUGACCAUGUACCUGGCCAAGCACUCCUUUCUCAUCGACCACCUCAACGAGGAGAUCCUGUGGAUGAGGUCCGUGGGCCUCUUGGCUGUAUGGUCCAGGUGGGAGCUGGUGGAAACUUAUUUGGGGAACGAGCAGAGCUAUCAGAUUCUGGGCCUCGUCGAGCUCUAUGCCAUCUUUCUCAUGGUCUUUGUUGGCCUGCUUCUCAGCCUCGUUGUCUUUCUCUGCGAGCUGCUCUCCCAACGAUCACGGCUCCUAAGAAGGCUCUUCUCCUAG